GUACGCCGCAGGGUGGCAACUCUGUUCUUGUGUUUCUUUGCUGGCCAUUCAAAAGUGUGUGUUCAGUGUAAGUUGUGGGUACAAAUUCAAAAUAAACUGAGAAUCAGGCCUCCAAAAUUCCAUAAACAGUUCAAAACGCACGCCCAGUGAGUAGAGAAUGCCCGUCGCAGAAGUGCAGAAAAGCGGCCGGGGCAGGAAGCCGGCUAACUCGGUUACCGCUUCCACAUCCGCCGCUGCCGCCAGGAGGCAGAAGGAAGCAGCUGCCGCUGCAGCCGCCGCCGCCUACGCCACUUUCAGCGAGGAGGAGGAACUGGAGGCGGAGGCGGCAAGGAGCGGCGGUCGGCCGAUGGACCAGGACGACGACCACGAUAACGACAUGGAGGACGAGGGCAUCGACGAGGAGGACGAUCUGGGCGACGAGGAGGAGGAGGAGCCGGACAGCAAUGAGACCAGCGAUCCGGAGGAGCAGGUCGAGCCGCCGGCCUUCAGUCUGGCCACGUUGGGACUGCAGCGGGUGGGCACGGCGCCGCCGCCCAAGCCCAAGGUCCAGAAGGCGCCCAUCCUGACGCUGAAUGCCCGCGGCAUGCCGGCCAGGAUUCGGAAGAGGAAUCGCCUCUUCUACGACGAGAACAUCAUCAACGACGACAAGCCGCUGCGGAUGAGUUUGGCGCCCAAACGGAUGCCCGGCAGGCCGCCCCUCUCCGCUGGCGGGGGCUCCGUCCACAAGACGCCGCUGACGCCCUCGAAGGUGCUGAAGAAGCGCAAGGGCGUCGUCUCCCGGUACAUGCGCUCCAACGACCACGGCGACACCAAUGCCAUCAUCAAGGAGCAGCAGCACCAGCAGCUGAAGAGCAAGAAGACACCCGGCAAGCACGGAUCCGCCAGCAAAUACCUCUCCGCCGGCAAGCUAUCCGGCCAGGGUGGAAUCAAGGGUCGCGGUAAUCCCGGCAAGGGAACAGCAGCUGCUGCCGCGGCUAUGGCUGCCGCGGAGGAGGCCGCCACCCAGGCGGAGGCCCAGGCGCUGGCCAACAAGCGGCUGGGCCAGUCGAUUGGACUGCGGCUUAGGAAUCUGCUGAAGCUGCCGAAGGCCCACAAGUGGGCUAUUGCCGAGUGGUUCUACUCGUACAUCGACAAGCCGCUUUUCGACUGCGGGGACGAGUUCAUGAACCACGUCAACGAGCUGGCCCCCCGGCUGGGCACCCGGAAGCUCAACCGCCACGAGUGGGUGAGCAUCAGGCGGCGGAUGGGCAGGCCCCGGCGCUGCUCCGCCAACUUCUUCAAUGAGGAGCGUAGGGAGCUGGACAGGAAGCGCCAGCUGAUCCGUACGCUGCAGUCCCGCAAGCCGGGCGAGUUCAAGGACUCGGUACUGCUGUCGGAUAUGCCGGACAAGAUACCGAUGCCGCUACCGCUGGGCACCAAAGUGACGGCCCGGCUGCGUACUCCGCAGGACGGCAUCUUCGCGGGCACGGUGGCCGCCUACGAUUCGCUGAACGCCAUGUACCGGGUGACCUUCGAACGGCCCGGACUUGGCACUCACGCCAUACCGGACUACGAGAUCGUGUCGGAGAACUUCCACGAGAUGCUGCCGCUGCACAGCUUCACCAAGGACUUCCGGCCCAACCUGAUGAGCAUCUAUCAGACCACCAACCUGGGCUAUCCGUCCAACCUAUCCAACAGCUAUUUGGUCAAGAAGGAGAAGGGAUCCGCCGGCCAGGGAGUGGGUGGACCGGGUGGAGGAGGAGGUGGUGGUGCGGCGGCGGCGGGCAAUGGGUAUGCGAGCCCACAAAAGCUGGCCACCAGCAAUGCGGCGGCCAGGAACGCCCUGAGCAUGAAACUGAACAAGAGCGAUCCGCUGCUGGGGCAGGAUUCCAUCAGCGAGAGUCCCAUCCGACAGCAACUGGCCCGGCACCAUCACAACUACUCCAGCCAGCUGCUGGAGCAUCUGGUGCAUUUGGAGAAGCACAUCCAGGUGAAGGCCGAGCGCAUCCAGCGACUGAACAAGAUGAACGCCACGGCGGAGCUGGCCAUGGGCGAGAUGAUAAGCCAGGACGAGAACGGGGACCGGCAUCGUCGCCAGAUAGCCGACAACUUCCAGCGGCAGUAUGCCUUCAAUAUCGUCUCCAUCGAGCGCAUCAACGGGGAGCUGAUGUUCGAGCUGACCAAGGUCCAGGAGCUGUCCACCAGUCUCACCCGGAAUCCCAAUGUCCAGGCCAUGAUCUCGCCCACGUUCCUGCGGGAGGAGUGCCGCGCUAAGGCCGCCCACACGGUGGACGACAUGAACAAGGGCCUGGUGAAGAAUCCCCGGAUGAUAGCGCUCCUCAAAAACCUGACCACGCUGCUGAUCGUUACCCAGAGCCUGGGCGGGGACUGUGACGCCGCGGAGGUCAACAAGGUGCUGGAGGGCUGCAUCGAGGAGGUGCGCUCGAAUCUCGUCACGAUGGACAACAACGACGUGUUCCAGAAGAGCGUUCAGAUGCGCCUCCAGUUCAUCGCCAUGGACGUCACCCGGAGCCUCGAGGAGCAGACCAUCAGCCGCCUGGCGGAGGAGGCGCUGGAGGAGGACGCCGACGCCACUGCCGAGGGAGACGAGUCCCACAAGUCCGAGGACGAUGGCCAGGAUGGUGGAUCGCCGAAGACCCCUGUUCGCAAGACCAAGGCGAAGGAUCCGAAGGGCCAGAAAUCGCCGAAACCGUCGAAGGUGCAGAAACUGCUGCAGUCCCAGGACGAGGACGAGGACGAGGACGACGAGAAGGAGAAGGAGAAGGAGAGCAGUCCCAAGAGCUUGAAGCCCGUUGGCGAGUCCACUCCGGUUAAGAAUCAGGCCAUGGACACGGAGGACGAGGAGAAGCUGGACGGCGACAAGGAGCUGCAGGAUCUGCACGAUCUGCAGGAGCACACCGAGGAGGAGAUCGACACUGAGGAGCAUCACCUGGAGCCGGAGGAGGAUGAGGCCCGAUCUCCCAACCAGGCCACCGACGACACUCAGAUCACCAUCGAAUCGAUGAAGGAGUCGGACGAGGAGUUCCACACGGAGGAAGAGGAGGUGGAGGAGGAGGAGGAGGAGGAGAUGAUCGGCCUGGAGCAGCUGAAGACGGACGACGAGGACAUGGAGGAGGAGUUUCUCUACGAAAAGUAGCCGGCGCUGCAUCUAUUUUUUAUUAAUUUUUUUUUAUUUAGUUGCUUUUUUUAUGUAAGAAGAAGUGUAUGGAGGAGGAGGAGGAGGAGGAGGAGGAGUAGGGACACGAGUACCAAGUGUAAGUAAAAAGUUGUACCACACUCGUUGCAAUAAAGCGUGUAACCAAGUAGCCAAGUCUUUGAUUGUUGUCCUGCCCCGAUCCUGAUCCUGAUCCUGGUCCCGAUCCUUCGGGAUAGCCUAGAAUAAAUUGUACCACGAAGAGUACCACGAUCUGUAAUCCAAUAUAUAGAACCUAAACGAAAGUCUUUAAAUAAAUGCAAUAAAGUAUAUAGUAACCAG